UUGGAAUAAGUCACUUUGGAGUACAUCUUCAUGUUUAUGUUUGUAUUCAUUCUCUUUGGUUUCUCUGAUAAAUCAAAGACAAGAGUUUUUGUAUAUGAUUCGUUUAUCAAUCUGUUUAUCCACAUGGUUAUGUUUAUAAAUAUCUCCUGCAAGUAUAUUGUUGAUACAAUUGGUCUCUCUACCGGUAAAGUCAGAGUUACACAAAACCACUACCCAACUAAACCAGUUGAAAAAUUCAAUCUAUACAACAAAUUGCUUACUAAGCAGAACCGGUUUAUGAUAAACCAAACAUUGUACCAGACGACGGCGUCGUUUGGGUAUGUGAUUAUUCGGUGGCUGUCCCGUUCCUGGAGCGUGGAGCUUUAUUUGUUGUGUGUUGUGUGUCCCCCUAAAACCCUAAACACAGUCACUUCUUCUUCUUCUUCUGCUUCUCCUCCACCACAACAUCCUUCAAUCUCUGUCUUCCUUCUCCCUCGCAAGCUCAAAAAGUUUCUACCUUUCCGAAGUAGAGAAAAUAUGCAAGCUUGUUGUGCUGGUACUUCGAUGGUUUCUCUUCAGCAACCUGGACGUGUUCAGGGAUCUGUCUUUCCCUCGUUAAUCCCUCCAGUGACCAAAUUUUCUCAGCAAUUGAAGUUCAAUUUUUCACAACCUUUCCGUUCUUCGUUUCUUGAAAGAAACUUGGUCUCUGAAAGGAGAGCAUCUUCAGUCUCGCUAUCUAAUGUCGAGAUGAGCAGCAAUGAGAUCCCUUUUGCGGAUUCUGGUCUUACUGAAGUUGAUCCAGAGGUUCGAACGAUCAUCACAAAGGAGAAAGAUAGACAGUUCAGGAGCUUGGAGCUUAUUGCGUCCGAGAAUUUCACGUCUCGAGCAGUUAUGGAGGCUGUUGGAUCAUGCCUUACCAACAAGUAUUCUGAGGGACUUCCUGGUAAAAGAUAUUAUGGUGGCAAUGAGUACAUUGAUCAGUUGGAGACACUUUGCCAGAAUCGGGCUUUGUCAACCUUCCGCUUAGAUUCUUCGAAAUGGGGGGUUAAUGUUCAGCCUUUAUCUGGUUCGCCUGCAAACUUUGCUGUCUACACUGCGAUACUUAGCCCUCAUGAUCGGAUCAUGGGUUUGGAUUUACCUCAUGGUGGUCAUCUGUCACAUGGGUUCAUGACUGCUAAAAGGCGUGUUUCUGGAACUUCAAUAUACUUUGAGUCCAUGCCUUAUCGACUUGAUGAAUCCACAGGCAUUGUUGACUACGAUAUGCUUGAGAAAACUGCUGCACUCUUCAGACCAAAGCUUAUCAUCGCUGGUGCUAGUGCGUACAGCCGAGAUUUUGACUAUCCUCGCAUGAGGAAGAUCGCAGACUCAGUUGGUGCUUUCCUGAUGAUGGAUAUGGCUCACAUCAGCGGGCUUGUGGCUGCUUCUGUGGUAGCUGACCCUUUUGAGUAUUGUGAUAUUGUUACAACAACUACUCACAAGUCUUUGAGAGGUCCAAGAGGUGGCAUGAUUUUCUUCAGGAAGGAUCCAAUUAACGGUGUUGAGCUUGAAUCUGCCAUAAACAAUGCAGUCUUCCCUGGUUUGCAGGGUGGCCCUCAUAACCACACGAUUGGAGGAUUAGCAGUCUGCUUGAAACAUGCACAAUCACCGGAAUUCAAGGCUUACCAGAAAAGAGUUGUGUCUAACUGUAGGGCGCUAGCUAACCGAUUGGUGGAACUUGGGUUUAAGCUAGUUUCUGGCGGCAGCGACAAUCACCUUGUUCUUGUCGAUCUUAGACCAUUGUUCAUGGAUGGUGCUCGGGUUGAGAAAAUCUUAGACAUGGCAUCUAUUACUCUCAACAAGAACUCUGUCCCUGGGGAUAAAAGUGCAUUAGUUCCAGGGGGAAUAAGGAUAGGAUCACCAGCGAUGACAACAAGAGGACUGUCAGAGAAAGACUUUGCAGCAGUGGCCGACUUCAUAAAGGAAGGUGUGGAGAUAGCGAUAGAAGCCAAGAAGUUAGUGACGGGAAGAAAGCUGCAAGAUUUCACCAAGUUGGUGACUUCACCUGAGUUUCCAUUGAAAGAGAAGGUAGAGAGUCUAAAGGAAAGAGUAGAAUCCUUCACCUCUCGUUUUCCCAUCCCUGGCGUUUAAAGCUAUAACCAGAUCUCUUUCUCUUGUGUUGUAACCUUAUAUUAUUAUUAUUCAAACCUUUUUAUCCUGUCUUUUAGGGGUUUUUCUUUGCUUGUUUCACAAGUUUGAAAGCCACAUUUUGAAUCUAGAGAUAUUCAAAAAUUGUGAUGCAUAAUGCUAUUUUCAAAAUAAAUUUUAUAUUUAUCA